GGGGGUUUGGAACCGAAUCAAACCUGCACCGACACACGUCCCCCAUGGCCCUUUGCUUGCUAGCUCUAUAUGAUGGCGAGGCUGCAUGGCUGAGUGGCUUGCAUUGCUCGAUCUCUUGCAUGCAUGCAUCCAAUGCAAGCUAGAGGCUGAGAUUUGAUCGAGAGCUCGGACAUUAAUUAUCCUGCAGCUGGAUCAACUACUGGUGUCAUGGCGGCGCACCCACAUCCACAUGGUUCCCGGAAGCAGCAGCCUUCUCCUUCCAACAAGCAGGAUCAGGAGGACACGAGGGUGGCAAAGAUCGCGGAGGUACUAAGCGUGUUGGAGCCCGUUCGGGCGAGUAUCUCUCAACAGCUGGGUGCUGGUGCUGCCGGCCGUCGCUGCGUCGUCGCUGCAGGUUACACUAGACGGCGCUGCUUGGCCUUCAUGGAGACGGAGCUGAGCAUCAUUGCGGAGUUUCUCAAGACACUUAGCCAGCAACAUCUGGAUGCCGACACGAGGAGAUGGAUGGAGCACUAUGAGCUUGUCUUCAGUAAACUCGACAGCGUCAUCCAAGAAGUUGAUCCCUCACGCCGCACGCUGCUACGAACGCGAUUGAGAAGUGCCACGCAGUGCAUCCUAAGCCGCAACAAUAGAUCGUAUCCGUUCUCUCCUAACAUAAAACAGCUUUACUAUCGCAGCGAACAUCCCUGCAGGUUUAAGCAUCUUCUUCAAGCUAAUAGUCGUCCUGAGGCCGACAUCGGGCUUGCACCACCCCAACUUGGUGGUGGCAGUGGCACUGGCACCAACUUAACGGCGAGUGCCGCCCUCCCUCUUGUUGGCAUCGACCGCCCGGCGAAAAAGCUCCUCAGGUGGCUCACACCCCGGGAGGAGACGGACAAGAGCCUGAGAGUCAUGUCCAUUGUCGGACCUCCGGGCAUGGGCAAGACGACUCUUGCCAUGGAAGUCCACAGGCGCAAGAAGGCCGAGGACGCUACUGUUUCCGUUUUCCAGUGCAACCUUGUGGCUCGGUUCUCCCGGGGGCCGGACAGAAACAAGCUUCUUCUCCAAGACAUCCUCUCUCAAGUUUCUGAUCGAGCAGCACCAGCAUUGACGUCGUCCAGCCAGUCACAACGCAAGACAAUAAAGCUGCUUAUUCACCUCGUCUCAAAACACCUGCGAGAUAAGAGGUACUUCAUCAUUAUUGACGAUAUAUGGGACACAUCAGAUUGGGAGAAGAUCAAGGAUGCAUUUCCUAACAAUAAUCUUGAUAGCAGAAUAUUGAUCACAACACGCGUUAUAAGUUUGUCAUGGGUAUGCUGCUUUGAUUCUGAUGAUGGGCUUGUGCAUCAGAUGAAGCCUUUGAAUCGGACAGACUCGGAAAGGCUGCUUCUGGCAAGCGCCUUUGGUCCUUCGUCUGUGGAUGAUUAUGAUUGCCAGCAGCCAUUGUGUGAUGAAAUACUGAUCAGAUGUGAAGGUGUACCAUUGUUCAUAAUCGGUAUGGCGGACUUGUUUAAAGAACAAUUAUUGCAGCAGAAGGACGCCGAGGAUCAGAGGACCCUUGCAGUUUACAGCAGCGAGCUGGAGCAAGGCCCCCAACGACUACCGAAAUGUAUCGAACGAGCAUUGUCCCUUGCUUAUGAUGACCUUCCUUAUGAGUCCAAGCUACAAUCUUUAUGCAUGACCAUGUUUCCUUCUGGUUACAAGUUCGACAAUGACCGUUUCUUCUUCUUCAGAUGGAACGAAGACAAUGAAGUGGCGAUGCGCUUUACUAUUCCGCAUCUGGCGGACAGGAAUGUCAUCACGCGUGUUGCUGGUGCUGACUGUAGGCACUGUCCGGAUGAAGAAGAGGGCUGCCACUGUCAGUGGCACGUCAAUCAUUUUAUGCAGCAGUUCCUUGCCUCCAAAUCUGCAGAGAUGGGUUUCUAUUUCACCGCCAGUAGCCUCAAGAAGUACUUAUUACUAGCAGGAGCAGGAGCUAACAACAACAGGACACAGCGGAGGCUAAUCCUUCACCAUCCUGACCCAAAUCUCCCAUCUCUGCUUCAACAAAUUGAUCUAUCUCAGACACGUUCCCUGGCUGUGUCAGGUGCUGUCAGCGGCAUCCCUAUGGACAAGUUCGUCAACUUGGUGGUGCUGGAUCUGGAAGGCUGGGAGAAUCUCAAGGACGAUGACCUGCUGCAGAUAUGCAGAAGCAAGAUGUAUUUCCUGACGUACCUGAGCGUCAGGAACACUCCGACAAGCAAGAUCCCGCCGGAGAUCAAGGAGCUGUGGAGUCUGCAGACAUUGGACGCGAGCUGCACGCAGAUCAGCGAUGAGCUCCCACUCCAAGUGUUCAAGCUAACAAGUUUGAAGCACCUGGAUCUGAGGGGGACACGGGUCAGGAGGAUAAGCAAGCUGCCCAACAAGCAGCAGAUUGUGGGCUCACGGGUUCCCUUGUUUACCCUUCUCGUUGGCGGCGGCGGCGGCGGUGGUGGUCCUAUGGAAACAGCAGCGAGAGUGACGCCCGAUGUACGGCAUCUCCAAGACCUCGAGAUGCUGGCCACUGUUGACUUGACCGAGAACCCCGUGAGCUUCCUCCGGGCUCUCGGCGACCUAAAAUGGUUAAAGGUGCUCAAGAUCACGUGGUCCUUCUGCCACUCCACCGACGGAGAGUGCCGUGCGGCGCUUCUGUCGUCCAUCGGCAGGUGGUCCCACCUCCAGUCCCUAACCAUUCACUGCGGACUCGGCUGCUCCAUGGAGUUCCUGGGCACCCUCUCCUAUCCGCCCGAGCACCUCAGGAAGCUCAAGGUGACGGGGGGCGUGUUUGCAGGCGUUCUCCGGUGGCUCAGUGUGCCUUCACACCACUUGUCUUUCCUGCAGAUCACCAUUUGCAGCAUCACGGCAGAUGAUCUCAAGGUGCUUGCCGACCUGGCCCAGCUGCACACCCUGGUGCUAGGCCUGGACUUCGUCCCCACAGAAGCUGUAGUGAUCGAGGACGGUGGUUUCCCUCUGCUUCGGAAGUUCUUCGUCAACUGCCCAGUGCCAUGGCUCGCCUUCGAGAUAGGAGCAUUGCCAAAUCUCGCAUAUCUUCAGCUGGAGUUCGCUGCGACGCUGCCAACCCAGACCAGGGCUCCAUCGGGCAUCGCCAACAUCCACAGGAUCACGGACAUUGCUCUGUGCUACGGGGAACACUACGCCAACAGCCCCAGCGUCAAGAUCAUAGUGGAGGCCGUAAGGAAACAGAUCGUCGAGCAUUGCAACCCGAUCGACCUCUACAUCAAUGGCAUUGAGCAAGACGAUGUUCAGGCACCAGAUGACUUGACAGAAGAUGCAAAUGUGACUCAGAGCCGAACCGGAUCCGGAUCACAAUCGCCCAGGGAAUGAUGACCGUACGACACAAUCGCCCAGGGAAAGAGACAAGAAGAAGAACUAGGAGCAUGUCAGCAUAUGGCACCCACUAGUGUUGAUUCCAAAUUGAAGUGUACUCUUCGUAAUUUGAAUAGUUGUUUACAACUUCAUUUACAUUGUCGUAAUGCUGUUUUUUACAAAUCAAGUAUUUUCUGUGUGUUUUUCUUUCACUGUGUUGUGGAUUUGUACUCAACAAUAAUGCAACAACUGGGGUUACUUGUCAGCCCUCC